AGUCGCGAGCGGGCAGCGCGAGCGCCGGCCGCCGCCGCCGCCGUCUGCAGCGCGCCAGCGCGCCGCGAGCACGGCGUCCGGUCACCGCCGAGGGGGCGUGCAGCGGGCACACGCUGCCGGCACCGCGUAUUGAGCGGCCCCGCUCUGUGACGCCGCAGCGCCGCGCGCGGCGACCGCCCCCGGCGCGGACAGUGAGUGCGAGCGGUCAGUGGCGGGGUGUCGGAGUGACCGGGUCACGCGGCUGACCCGGAAGUGACCUCGUUGACCGGUAUCGUGCGUGACCUGCUGAUCAGCAGCGCUACUCCGCCAGACGCGGCGGGGCGUGUGUGGACUGCCGGAGCGGACGGCGGGGUUCUCAGCGCCGGCGGGGGCGUCACUGGCCGCCUCCCGUCCCUGCGCUGACCCGGUCGGCAGUGGGCCGCCGCCGCGGGCUGCUCCCAGCCAGCUCCGAGCAGCCGCUCUCCGCCGCUCGGUCCGCCCAUCCGCCGGGCGCCGCGCCUGACCUCGGCCCCCUCCCCGUCCCCCGGCGGCGCCGCCCCCGUCCGCCGCGCCGCCGCCGCCGCCGCUGCGCCGCCCAUGGAGGUGGUGCCCAUCCUGCACAACAACCGGCCGGCCUACCAGGUGGUGACGGUGCCGACGCGUCGCCGACGUCGCGCGCGGCGCCGCACAGUGGCGGCCGACACGGCCGACCCGCGCGGCCGCAGCCACCUCUCCAACAAGACGGCCGAGGACCGCGUGCUCGAGUACGGCACGGAGCUGUUCCGCAGCAGCGGCGAACUGCUGCUCUGCCAGUUCUGCGACAAGCCGGUCGACCCGCGCCGGCGCAGCUCCAUCGAGUACCACCUGAAGAGCUUCUCGCACCAGCGCAAGGUGCGCUCUCUGACGGCCGGCAGCCCGCUAAGCUCCGAGGGCGCGGGCGAGGGCGCCGCGCCACCGGGCGACGAGCCGGACCUGGUGCCGCUCGGACCCGACUCAGCGAUGAAGGUGGACCCGUCGGGUGGCAGCGAGUCGCCGAUGCGGCCCGGCGACUGGGGCGCCCUCUUGAACGGCCAGCAUAGUUCGGCGGCGCUCAGUCAGAUGUCGCUGCUGAUGGCCGAGGGCGUGGCGUCGUCGCUGUGCGAGGCCCAGCUGGCCGACGAGGGCUCCAGCGCCGCUGCCGGGUCGGGUACCGUCUUCACCGGCGGCGGGGAGGCCGAGCGGCGCUGCUGCUGCCACUGCAGCUGCGCCGGCGGCGUGCCGCGCAAGGAGGGCAACACCUUCCCCAACGAGCUGGUGGUGAAGGUGCGCGUCUCGGACUCGCCGGAGCGGCAUUUUGUGCUGGUUGACCUGCCGACCAGCGACCUCAGCUGGCUCAGACUAGUCGCCGCCAGCUGCGCCGCUCUCGGCAUUCCUGUCAAGAUGGUGAAGGAGGUGCUGAAGCUGCCCAACACGCUGCUGGUCCGUGACAAGGACGUGAAGCGGCUGCUCGACUACCAGGAGCUCGAGCUGAUCCUGCACAAUGCCUGACGGCUGCAGUUAGUGCCAUCUAGUGGAGAAAAACAGAGACUCUAGUGUGUAGACCCGCCGACAGGAGAGUGGCAGAGGACCCGUCGCCAGCGACUUUUCUGCGCCACCGAGCAGAAACUCGCUGUCUGUGUGGUAUCGGGUUAUUGUCGAUAGUCCAGAAACCGUCCCGCUCAGUUAGCGAGGGCGCCCUCAGGUGUCAGAGGCCGUAGCUAGACUCUCAGAUACACAGGCGCCGCGGGGAACAACCCGCUCGCGCCUGCCAGGCUGCGCUGUCGCAGUGUUCGUGAAUGUGUUUAAUAACGCCACGCUUGUCAGCUUGGAGCACGGAGUUGCGCACCGUGCCAGGGUUCCGUCUGCUGCGGUCACUGGUCGGGUAAAAGUGGCCGGUCGAUAGACCGACCCGCUCCUCGCCGAUACGCACAGUUCCCAGCUGUUCAGGCGGGGUCAGGUCGGGUCACUCAUACCGAGGCCGCAGGGUGACGUCCGGGAAAUACUGCGUGCAAUGCAAUUACUUGUGUGUGCGUGUCUGUGUGGUGUGUGCAUAUGUCGUUUGUUUUUGGCGGAGUUCAGCCUCCGCUCUAGUCAGGCUUGAGGACGGGGGAGGGGGCACUCAGCCCCGCCCCCUGACCUCCAGGGAGGGCGCCAUGUUUACUCACAGAUCGCUCCGGGGCGCCGCGCGCCGUCCCGUCUAUUUCGGGACCUCACAGCUCGAGGUUUCGACGCUGCCGCAAUAUACAGCCAGUUAUGUCGUGAA